CCCGUUCGUCUCGGUGGUAGCGGGUGAAGGGCGUGCGGCACCGACUUGUCAUCAUGGCAACUGAGACCGAGGCCGGGGAACCCGGGAAGGGGAAGCCCUUUAAGCUUCUAGGGAUUUUAGAUGUCCAAAAUGUACCCUGUGCACGAGACUCUCUCCUCUAUGGCUCAUUAGGAUCUGUCAUAGCUGGCUUUGGACAUUUUUUAUUUACUAGUAGACUUAGAAGAUCCUGUGACGUUGCAGUAGGAGUAUUUAUUUUGGGAACUUUAGGAUGCUGGUUUCCUUGUAGAUAUAAUUAUGCAAAGCAAAGAAUCCAGCAAAGAAUUGUCCAAGAAGGAAUAAAAAACAAGAUUUUGUUUGAAAGCACCCACCUUGAUCCUGAAAGAAAACAGAUCGGCACCAAAAGCAGCAAUUCUUAAUCUAGGCCAGAAAGCUAAGGAACAACUUAAAGCCUUCCUUGAAAUCACGGACUAUGAGCAAAGUUGAUCAGCUGUAGAAACAUUUAACAGGAACACUUGAAGAAAAUGGAAAUUUUAUUUUAAAAAUAUCUGCAGCAUAUAAAAGUGGUUAACAUUUUAUUGUCUGUAUUGUAAAUUUCAAACCUGAUAGUGCAACACAAUCUAUAAUUUGUUAAUAUUGUGAUGGUGAAAUAAAUGAAAAAAUUAAAUCUUUGGUA